UUUACCCUCUGCUAGAUGUUCGACAAUCCAAUGGAUCAGCGAAACCAAUAUGUCCUAAUAAUUUCAAUUGCUCGUUUAUACUGCUAAAAAUUCGGUAACUAAAUGUUUUGUGCGUUUAAUUCGCAUCCCAUUUUUGUUCCUCCAAUUUUUCUAACUUUCCGAUCAUCAACAUCUUCCAGAUUCAUCGAUUAAAGGUGUGUUCCGAUUUCGUUUUAUGUUUCUUGAAACAAUUUCCUAUCAGGGUUUCAUAGAUCGGUUGUAGAAUCUUGAAUUUAUUGACCCAUUAGAGGAAGCACCAUCAAUUUGGGGAUCCCAAUUUUUAGCCUCUGUGUAUAGAUAUAUGUGUAUGUAUAUAUCCAGAUAUAUCAGGGUUCUUGAUUACAUCAUUUGCUUAUGUCUGAGAAUGAAGCAUCUGCUACUGCACCCCCACCUGCACCCGCUGCAGUACGGACAUCACCGAUUGAAUGCUCGCACGGUUCAAACAAGCCUAACGAGUCGGCUAGCCAGCAACCUACUCCUACUCUUUCAAGAACCAGAGAAUAUCGUUCUCAAUGCGGGUCACAUGACCCAAACUCGCUGGUUGACUCACCCGAAACUCAGAUAUGCCCCAUGCUGUCUGGGUCGAAUAAGAAGUUAAAGGUUUAUUUACUACAUGGGAAUUUAAACAUUUGGGUCCACGAAGCGAAAGCCCUUCCGAACAUGGAUAUGUUCCCUAAUUUUUAUAGAGAUAAGAAUACUAGCGAUCCGUAUGUCUCCAUCGCUAUAACGAGUGCGGUGAUUGGAAAAACUUAUGUGGUUAAAAACAUUGAGAACCCUGUUUGGAAUCAACAGUUUAACGUGCAUGUCGCGCAUUAUGCUUCUGAAAUUCAUUUUCUAGUGAAAGAUAGUGAUAGAGUGGGAUCUCAAGUUAUAGGAGUUGUGGCAAUCUCAGUUGACCUUAUAUAUAAUGGAUCAAAAAUCGAUGGAUCUUUUCCGUUGUUGAAUCCAAAUGGGAAACCUUAUAAGACUGGAGCUAGUUUGGGACUCGCAAUGCAGUAUUUUCCUGUUGAAAAAUCGAGUUCGUAUAACAAUGGCGUUGGAGCGGGCCCUGACUUUGGGAUUCCCGGCACUUAUUUUCCGUUAAGAAAAGGUGGGAAAGUUACGUUGUAUCAAGACGCACAUGUACAUGAUAAUAGUCUUCCGAAUACUGAGCUUGAUGGUGAUAUGCGUUAUGUUCAUGGUACAUGUUGGAUUGACGUUUUUGAUGCAAUUAAGGAUGCGAGACAUCUUGUUUACAUCACGGGUUGGUCUGUGUGGCAUAAAGUGAAGUUGGUCCGUGAGACACAGGAUCCGCCAAAAGACACACUUGGAGAUCUUUUGAAAAAGAAAUCACAAGAAGGUGUUAAAGUUUUGCUUCUUGUUUGGGAUGAUCCUACUUCAAGGAAUAUCAUGGGCUACAAUGUGGAUGGAUUCAUGGCCACCCAUGAUGAAGAGACGAAGCGUUUCUUUAAGAAUUCUUUGGUGCAAGUGUUGCUUUGUCCUCGUAUGGCUGGGAAGAAACAUAGUUGGGUCAAGCAGAAGGAAGUUGGAUCUAUCUAUACACAUCACCAGAAAACUGUGAUUAUAGAUGCUGAUGCUGGAAACGGUAGAAGGAAAAUCGUAUCUUUUAUCGGAGGACUUGACUUAUGUAACGGUCGAUACGAUAAUCCCACGCACCCGAUUUUCAAAAGUCUAGAAACAUUACAUGCAGAUGACUUUCAUAAUCCUACUUUCACGGGGAAUCUUGCGGGUUGUCCACGAGAACCAUGGCACGACUUGCAUAGUAAAAUAGACGGACCAGCUGCAUAUGAUGUUUUGAAAAACUUUGAGGAACGGUGGUUAAAGGCAUCUAAAGUCAGCGGUAUAAAAAAACUAAAGGCGUUAUAUGAUGAAUCUUUACUAAAAAUCGACAACAUGCCAGAGUUUUUAACCGUAAAUGAUGAACCUUGCCUUAGUGACCAGGAUCCCGAAGGGUGGCAUGUACAGAUUUUUCGUUCGAUUGAUUCAAAUUCGGCUAAAGGCUUCCCUAAGGAUCCCAAGGAAGCUACAGCCAAGAAUUUGGCAUGUGGGAAGAAUGUGCUUAUUGACAUGAGCAUACAUUCUGCAUACGUGACCGCUAUUCGUGCUGCGCAGCAUUUCAUUUAUAUCGAGAACCAGUACUUUAUUGGAUCAUCUUUCAAUUGGAGUUCUUAUAGAGAAUUAGGUGCCAACAAUUUGAUUCCAAUGGAGAUUGCGCUAAAAAUCGCUAAUAAAAUCAGAGCACACGAAAGAUUUGCAGCGUAUAUCGUUAUCCCUAUGUGGCCCGAGGGUGUCCCCACAGGUUCUGCUACCCAAAGAAUUUUAUUUUGGCAGAACAAAACAAUGCAAAUGAUGUAUGAGACUAUCUACAAAGCUUUGUUGGAGGUUGGACUUGAGGAAGCACACUCACCACAAGAUUAUUUGAAUUUUUUCUGUCUUGGGAAUCGUGAAGACUCGGGCCUGAAGCAUGAUUAUUAUUUUGAUUAUUCUCCUGAGGCACUGACUCGUAAAAACCGGCGAUUCAUGAUUUAUGUACAUUCAAAAGGAAUGAUUGUUGAUGACGAAUAUGUGAUUAUAGGAUCUGCAAACAUUAAUCAACGGUCGAUGGAAGGAACUCGAGACACUGAGAUCGCAAUGGGAGCUUAUCAACCUCAAAACACGUGGGCAAGGAAAUUCAUGGAUCCACGCGGCCAGAUAUACGGAUAUCGAAUGUCUUUAUGGGCUGAGCAUCUUGGGACUAUUGAUGAGAAAUUCACCCACCCCGAGACACUUGAGUGUGUAAGAAAAGUUAGAUCUAUGGCAGAAGCAAACUGGACCCAGUUUGCUUCCAAUGAGACAUCAGAGAUGAGAGGUCAUCUCAUGAAGUAUCCAGUCCGGGUUGACCGGAUGGGUAGGGUUCGAUCUCUUGAGGGAUGUGAAGAAUUCCCGGAUGUAGGUGGUCAAAUUGUCGGGUCGUUUUCUGGGAUUCAAGAAAACUUGACUAUUUGAGUAGUCUUCUUUUACAAUUUUGAGUUUUUUUGAAAGCUCCUACCUCCUAUUGUCCUUACCUAGUAGCAAGAUGCCAUGGUUUAUUCGCGUUGGUCGUUUAAAGUUUAAAAUUAUUCUAUUUUAUUUUAUCGUACUAGGGAGCGAGGUGAGAUUGUAAAAGUGAUACCGAUCGAUCCAUAAAAUGUUGUAAAAUGUAAUCAAAUAAUUCCUAUUUCUGUCUAUAAUGCAAAUGAAUUUGUGCCAA